GUGUACAGCAGUGGUGUGAACACUGACGGGCAGAGAUAAGCUGUGUUCUAAAGUUAAAAAGAGAAAGGGCAUAUUGUCACGGAGUCAUUUUGAUUUGCAAAGGGUCCUUAGCACCUGGUGGAUGAGGGAACAAGGAUCAGUGGUAUGACUUCAGAAGUUACCAUCACCUCUUCAGGAUGUCCUGCAGUCCUGCUGUUCAAGACAAAGAAAGAAAGGUUUUCUAGAUGGACAAGAGCGACUUUAGGGAACAAGCAUGAAAGGCAAAGAAAUAAAACCAUCUUACUGGUUGGUGAAGGAGGAGCAGGAAAAUCGACCUUAGUCAACACUUUGGUUAACUAUGCAAUAGGAGUGAUGUUUGAGGAUGAUGUUUGGUUUCAGAUUGUAGAAGAGGAGGAGGGGAGAUGUCAAACUGAGACUCAGACAUCAGAUGUGAUCAUCUAUCAGAUCUUUGAUUUUAAAGGUCAAAUUCUGUCCUCGUCUCUUACCAUCAUUGACACUCCUGGAUUUGGAUACAUGAGAGGACUGCAGCAUGAUGAAAAAGUCAGUCAAAUACUUUUAGAAUUGUUUCGAUCAGAGGAAGUUCAUGAGAUCAAUGCAGUGGGUCUGGUGAUAAAGGCAACUGAUAAUAGUCUAAGUGACCGACUGAUGUACGUCUUAAAUUCAGUGACGUCUCUGUUUGGAAAAGACCUGGAGGAAAACAUAGUAGCUCUCAUCACUCACUCUGAUGGAAGAAAUCCCAGAAAUGCUCUUCAGGCUCUGGAAGCAGCAAAUAUUAAAUCUUCUAACCGUGAGUUUAUUUAUUUUGUGUUUAACAAUUGCCAACAUGAGGACAGAGCAAAAAACCGAGAACUUCUGAAAAUUGCCUAUCAAACAUCACUAAAGGGAUUCAAAGAGUUCAUGUUGUUUCUGGAUGAAACCGAACCUCAGAAACUGAAGACAACUGUGGAGGUUCUGAAGGAACGCACCCAACUGACAGCCUGCAUCCAGAACCUGCAGCAGAGAAUCAAGGAGAUUGAACUGAAGCAGAACGAAAUCCAAAAGAUCAAAGAGGCUUAUAAUAAAUAUCAAGAGCAAAUGAAGAAGAAUGAAGAGUUCUCUAUAGAAGUAGAUGGUGUCUACAAGAAAAAAAAAAGUAUCAGAGGAGGAAUGUGGUUGUUGGUGUUUUAUGAAGGAGCUGUCACCUGUUCUGUCUGUGAGGAGAACUGUCACUAUCCUGGAUGCACAAUAGCCUGGAGCCCAGAACUCUGUGAGGUCAUGAAGGAUGGGCGCUGCACAGUUUGUACCAACAAGUGUCCUGCAUCAGUUCAUGUGAAAGAAAACUGGAGAUAUAAAAUAAAGACAAGAAAAGUUCAGAAGACCCUGGAGGAUGUGAGGGAGAAAUAUGAAAAGAAUAAAGCUGAAUGUGAGAAAAAGUUGACUCUAUUGGAAAACCUUGAGAAGGAAAAUAUCAACCUGACUUCAAAAUGGUUGUUGCUGCUGGAUGAGGCCUACAGUCAUGUUAUCAGACUGGAAAAGAUCGCCCUGAAAGUUGAAUCAGUGUCAACUUUGGUCCAUUUGGACUUCCUGAUAGAGAAGAUGAGGGAAAAAGGCGACCUGAGGAAAGUCAAGAAACUGGAAGAGAUGAAAAGCAGAGUGAACGAAGUAACCAACACAGCACUAAGAUAUGCAAAAAACUCAUAAUCAGAAUAAGAUUUGGUACAUCAGCUAGCCAGCAAGCUAGCCAACUAACAGCUACAGUAAUUAUUCUGCACCAGGCGGGAACAUGCUGCAGAGCUUCAAGUCAGCGCUGGAUGAUUAAUGUUGUUGGUCGCUCUCAGCCUCCUGUCAUGUCUCUGAGUUUACUCCUGUUAUUAGCUAGAUUUGUUUUUUAUCUCCUCACCUUGAUGAUUGCGUUUUCCCUGUUAUCUGCUUUCAUAUUUAUCUCAACUGACUACCUGAAGAAUUUUUCUGCUGUGUUAUUCCCCCUGGUUUCUACCUGUGUGCACGCUCCUCUGUCUGAAUUUGCACUGAUCUCUGGAAUUUUCAUCACUCCACACUGGACUGUUUUCUUCUCACAUCCACUGCCAACCAGGCUGAAAACAGACAGACUUAUUGGUAAUGCUUUCUUUUAAAGUACAUCAAUAAUCAUGUAAUAAAAUGGUAAUAAUAUAACAAGUUACAGUACAUUACUAGGUAACAAUAACCUUUUUAUUAGAUAAUUACCCCAAAAUGAAGGUAUAUAAUUCCAAAGCAAUUAUAACAAUUGUAUAAUACUACGUAACAGUGGAGAAUUUUGGUGAGUAAUUACCAUCAGGUUACCACAUAACACUUUCUAUUAUUUGCCCUCCAACUACCAAUGGAUUACAAAGUAAUUUGUAACUUAUAAUCAGGCAAGUGCUAUGGUUCAAAUUUUUGGCACAACGUAAAGUCAGACUGCUUAGAUGUCAAACAGUUAUUACCAGGUAAUUUAAUUAAUUCAUUUAACCAAAAUCAAUAAACGAUUGUUAUUAUCUUGGAAAAUGGAGUUAAUUUCUUAUUAUAUAACAGAAAACCAAACGUAGAAGACAGGAAGCCAAUCUUCAUAACUAAACUGUUAGUUAUAUGUAACUUGAGUUCAGUUUUAUAAAGUUACCUGUUUUUUCUAGAUGACUGGCAAAAUUAGCACAUUUUACCAGAUGAAAUUGAGUAAAUUGCUUGGUAAAUACUAUGAAAUUAGACUGUAAAAUC